AGAAAGUCUUCCCUCUGCUGGAGAAGCCGCGUGACGCCCGCAGACUAUCAAACAACAAACUGGGGGUAGAGGGCCAGAGAGGACACGAUGAGUGGUGCUAUGAAUUUUAAGAAGUGCGGCUCUGUGCUGAUUACGGGAGCCAGCCGGGGGCUCGGGCUGCAGAUAGUGGACAGUCUGGCGAGUGGCGGGUUUUCACCUGGAAAGAUUAUAGCGACGUGCAGAAACCCUGGUGGCGCGCAGAAACUGCAGGAACUGGCACAGAAGCAUCCCAGCAUCCACAUAAUCACUUUGGAUGUAGUGAGCCAAGCGAGCAUAGAGAAGUCUGUAGAAGAGGUGAGCAAGCUGGUGCAAGAAGAGGGUCUGAACUGCCUGAUCAACAAUGCGGGCAUCAGCGUGGUGGCCGACUUUCAUUCUGUUACUGCAGAGAUGAUGAUAGAAAACUUCCACACCAACACUGUGGCUCCUCUAAUGAUCACAAAGGCCUAUCUGCCUUUGUUAAAGAAAGCUGCAUCCAGAGGAGGAGCAGGCGGCUCAGCCACAAUGGGAAUCCAGAGGGCAGCGGUUAUUAACGUGACCUCUCUGCUGGGCUCUGUGGAGCUCAACUGGGGUGAGAGGGCCAAUAACUUCAAAUGGUACCCCUACAGGACAUCCAAGAGUGCCCUAAACAUGGUUAGUCGCUGCAUGGCCGUAGACCUGGAGCCAGACGGGAUUCUCUGUAUGGCUAUUCACCCCGGCUGGGUACGCACUGACAUGGGUGGGUCAGAGGCUCCUCUGAGUGCCGAGGAGAGUAUUUCUUCCAUCUUGUCUGUGAUUGGAGGGCUGACCGAAAAGGAUCAUGGGUCAUUUCUGAACUUCACGGGAGAGCAGAUACCUUGGUGAACCUGUUCAUCAUCACAGCAAUGAGUGGGAUGAUCAUGAGAAGUAUUAAUAGAUCCUAAUGGCUGUUGCUUUUACUGUAACUAAAGAUGAAUGUAUUUAUGAGUGCAGUGUUAAAUUUAAAUGGAAGAUAACUGCAUAUUUUAAGCUGAAAUACAACAACAAACGUAUUUAAUUGAUCUCAAAGAAAUGACUUUAACGAUUCAACUGUAGAUACAGUAUACUGUAUUUACUGUAUGCUGUAUCUAUUAUUUACACAGUAUGCUGCAGCCACGCUGUGGUAAAAUGUAAACAUGAAAUGUUUCCUUGAUGUAACACAUCACAGUGCAAAUAUUCAUGGAGAAUACUUUGCUAACACAGGACUGUAGCUGUGCUCCACCUGUUUGACUCUGUCCUCCUCAGAAAGCGCACUGAGCCCAGUGAUCAGCGGAGAACUCGUAGUGUUGUUAAGAGAAAAUCAUAGACUGUAUUUUAUAACAUCAGCACACACUCCAUUAAUAUCCCAUAGCCCAGCUGCUGCAGUCUUGGGCUGCCAUGGACACUCUCUGUACUCCUUGAGUUAAAACACAUUUUUUUUUGGGCAAUACAAAUAAUUAGUAACUGCUAGUUGGCUUGCUAGCUUGUAGCCUACUUUCCCCCCCAUAGAUUAGUUGCUUUUUUAGCUCUCUAACUGUAACAUUAACCUACUAAUAAAGGUAUCCUCCAAAAAAUGAAUUUAACUUUUGGAUCCCUCAGAUCUGUUACCACAGUUUAACGCAGAGUUCAUUUUGUUGUUUGAAUCCAACAAUGAUACAGUCUCCUUACUGACCUGAGCAGAGGUCUGCAGGUGCCUCUGGAUUACUUCAUUGGGGGCAGCCGUCCAUUACACCUGUCACAUGGACUGUUUGGCUGUAGUAUAACACCAGGCACAGUGCAGAUGAGUUCUCACUCCGCCAGUAUCUUCAAAACUAUUAUAUGCACAGCAGAUAGCUAAUAAAAUAUCCAACAGAGGGAAUAUGGUUGGAGCAGUUUAUUGAUCUCACCUAUGGUAUGAAAAUCGAUGGUUAUAUGAUAAUAUUUGCCCGUGGUGGUCUUCAUUACCCCUCAACUGCCUGUCAGAUUUGGAAAAUAGUUACACAAAGGUACUGCACUUUUCCUCUUUGUAUUCUUGCAAUAGAAGUACAGUUUAUUUAUUUCUGGAGAGAUUAUUUAAAGAUUCUGUUGUUUUCUCUCUAAUUGAUUUUGUUCAAAUGUGAGAUGGUAAAAAGAUGUAAAAAGUCUUUUUACACAUAUUUGCUUUAAAAAUAGUUUCAAGUUGCAGUUAUAAUAAAU